AUGUCAAGCAGAAGGUCCAGAUCAAGGCAGUCCGGAGGUUCAAGGAUCAGUGAUGACCAAAUCAAUGAUCUUGUUACUAAGUUGCAACAGCUUCUUCCUGAGCUUCGUGAUAGACGGUCUGAUAAGGUGUCAGCGGCAAAAGUGUUACAAGAGACGUGCAACUACAUCAGAAACUUACACAGAGAAGUUGACGAUCUAAGCGAGAGACUUUCUGAGCUACUGGCAACAACUGACACUGCCCAGGCUGCAAUCAUCCGGAGUUUACUCAUGCAAUAA